AGGGAAUAAUGUUUCUUUACAGUUGGAAAUACGCUCAUCACUUUAUUCUCCCGCUGCCAUGAUUCUUCAUGUAUGCUUUCACAUUAAGCAACAUUGGAGAAGCAAAGCUGGAUGCAGAGAGAACAGAGAUCGAAACAUUGUAUCCCUGGUCAAAAAGAAGUGCACUGAUUUGGAAGCAGAAAGAUGUCAAGCAAAGUAGUAAAGGUGAAAUAUGAAAACAUGAUGACACGGCUUCAGGUAAUUUAUUGGCAUGGGGUACCGCAUGUAUCUUUGCAUGAACUGAAAUCCAAGAUUUUUGAUCUUUUCAAGUUGAAGGGGUUUGCCGAUGAGCUUAUUUUAAGAUAUACAGACGAAGAAGGUGAUAAUAUCGUUAUAUUAAAUGAUGAUGGUUUAUGGGAUGCACUCACAGAGAAUAACCACCCCUUUUAUAUUGAAGCAUCGUUCAGUAGGAGCGAAGAAAGUUCUCUAAAAUGCAGUGAAAUUAGCUUUCAAAAUUUGGGGCCAUUUGGUGGUGGAGGGGGGACAGAAUGGGACGAUGGAUAUUUUGAAGGAAUAAACGGAAUUACUAUAACCAAGAGUUAUGCAUCUUUGCUUUCCAUUCAAGUUAGUUAUGCUACUGUAAAGGAUACCACUCGUACUGGAGCUCGACACGGAGGAGCAGGGGAUCAUGAAAUUUGUACGAAAUUUAUGUACCCAACUGAAAAGCUUCAAAAGAUAAGUGGAUAUUGUGGAGUUGUAGAAAAUAACUGGACGGUCAUCAAAUGUUUGUCGUUUGAAACCAACUUUGCCAAAUAUGGUCCAUUUGGUGUUGUAGAUUGGGCUCCUUUCGAGUUUGAUUUGAGAUCAAGGAAUGUAUUUGGUUUUUAUGGCCGAUCUUCCUAUAAAUAUUUGGACUCUAUUGGUCUGCACACCUACUCAAUACCACCAAAACUUGGAAAAUGAAGCUAAAUCAGCUGUGAGUGUAGUUUAGGAAAGGUCAUAAUCUGCUUUGUUGCAUCUCUGUCCGACCAUGGUGUAUCACAAAGUUAGUGUUAUAUGUCUGUCCUAAGUGUGAACAUAGUUUAUGCAGUUAGUGAUAUUGUGCUGCUGCUUUGGGUAAUUGGCCCACAGAUUUACUAAUCUACAAAACAGUGAAGACUCUGAAUUUUAAAUCAUUAUUUGCUUUCUGUUUUGCUA